AGUUAUUUAUUGUUUAAUAACUUUCAUGUCAGAAAUAGUGGAUUUUGUUUUAUUCAAAUGGGUACAAGAUAUUGUGUUUUUUGGUGUAUGUGAGGUUAAUAUCCACUCAUAGAUUGGAUAUCAAUCAGGAGUAUUUAAAUGCGACGCAAAGACAAAAACACCUCGACAAAGCAAUAAAUAAUCAUAUUGUCGGUGUUUCCAUCUUUUAAUUUCGUUACAAAGACGGGUUGAAUAAGUAAUUCCAUCCUAUGGUCGCUUUCUUUGGACAAUGGAAGACGUAGAAGAGCGCAUGCGCUUUGAGGAAGAGGAAGUAACGACAAUUCACCGGAAGAGGAUUCUGACGCAAAGCACCACGCGCCGAAAGCAGACGAAAGAUGUAAAAUUAACGAAAAGUAAAGGCGGAACAGUUCAGAGCGAAAUAAAACUCAGUCCGUUCAUAAUCGGCGCAAAACAACCCGACAAAAGCACACUCGGAACACCACCGACUUCCCGAAAGUCCGGAUAUGUUCAAAAGCUCGUACAGGAAACGCUGAAUGAGUACAAAGGGAAAGAACUCCCGCGGAAAGCCAUAAACAGUAACUCUCUAUUCUUUGGUGCCCUGGAUUCAGAUAAUGAAGACGAGGGGGAUCCGGUGGCCGGACAGCAGCACCGGAAAUGGACAUUCGUGGGAGCCUCCGAGGGCAUCGCGCGGUUCCGGAAGAUGGUACAGUUCGUCAUCCUGGCUCGGCACGUCUUCACUCGCCGUCGCUCUUUGACUCUGAGCAGGCGGGACAGUAUUCUCUUUUUCAUGGACCGAGAGACGAACAGAAGUGAACAACUGGAAACGGAAAUGCCGAGUUUUGACGUCAGCGCUUUCAAAUCUAUAGGGCAGAAAACCAAGAUGGCAAGUGUGAAGUCGUGUCUGGAGAUCCCGCCAUCGGAGCGUACGGACGUACAGAUCAAUCAUAUGGUGCACACAAUGCGGACUUUCGCUAAAUUUGCUAACUAUCCACUCGCCGUGCAGACGGACAUAUGUAAACGAGGCUGGUACGCGAGAUUUGAGAGUUCCCGAGUGAUUGUCAAGGAGGGCAGCAGGGCGGAAUAUUAUUAUCUCAUCCUUUCCGGAAUUGCCGUGUAUCGCGACGUAGAGACGGAAACGGAAGCAUUCAGGAAAGCGGACGUUACGCCUACAGCGUCUUUCUUAAAACCGGGGGAUACAUUAGGGGAGCGGGAGAUCCUGACGAACACGGAGCGACCGGCCACCGUGGUCUGCAAGGAGCACAUGGAGGUGCUUGGGCUGGACAGGGAAUCCCUGCUCGACAUCUUCCGGGCCGCCGGAGGGCUGGGAUCCAUAGAGUUCCUCAAAUCUGUACCGGAACUUUCCGAUUUCCCGCUUGCUCUUCUGCAAACCUACCACUUUUCCAUGGCAGUCCAUCACUACCGCCGGGGUUCGGUGAUUGUCAAAAACAGCAACGACUCGGAGUGGGUCUACAUCGUGAAAACGGGCUCCUGUCAGGUUUAUAAGGCGACCAAGGAGGCACGGAAGGAGAGGCGGCAGCGUUCCGGAAGUCGCCCGUCCUCGAUGACCAAGCGGAAGGAUCGCGUCAAGAGCGGCCUCGUCUUUCCCCGUAUUAAAACAGACGGAUUGAAAAGUUCAUCCACGGUCGAAAUCAACGAUGCAGAUUCGAAGAAGAAGAAAGUACAUCCGAGUAUCGAGAGAGCACAGACAGUGAUGUUACCGUCUGUAAAUCCAGGAAAGACUUCACUGAUCAAUACAGUCCAAGAAAACGAGAGAUUACACAGUCCAAACGUUCGCACUAAUUCACGUCUGCAUCGCGAAAGCGUCGAAUUAUCUCCAAGACAGAAUACGAAACAAACGCCUGAAAAAAAGAAGCAGAAAAAUAGUAAAAAGCUAGGAACAAAUACGCCAGACAUUUUGCGAUUAUCACGAACUGACAGUGUUUUGAGAGACACCUCAGUAUCAAGUCCACGUGCGCAACACAGCCGGAAAAAAUCGCAAAGCCCUUCGACUAGGAACAAGAAAUCACCAAAUUUAUCCGGGAGCGAUUCCAUGAACUCUCCAAGAAAGUGCUACAAUAUUUCAGAGAGUAACGAUAUGCAAACGCAAGCGGACCGUAAUGGUCACGACAGCACACGGGACGAUAUAGGGUCUACAUUCUUCGUGCGUCUCGGUGCUAUUAGCGAAAACGGGGUCUUUGGAAUGCACUCGCUAGUCUAUGAUGAUAUGCCAAACCUUAGUCUAGUCAGCCAAGGGGCCGAGUGUGUACUAAUAUCGAAGCAAUUUCUAAAAGACCACAUCACGCCGAGCAUAGCAAAUCGGCUCAAGGCAAAGUUGCCGCCAUAUCCGAGUUCCGGUCAACUGAGGCACGCGCUCGAUGAUCAACUGAACUGGGAGAAUUACAGAGACAAGGUCGUUAGCGAUAUCCUCAAUUAGCGCAAACCAUGACGUCAUGAGCCGUGACCUUCUUUCUUCGAAAAUCUUUUGGGUGGUUCACGGCUAGUGUUGAAACAGUUGAAAAUCUCGAUCAUUUACUAAAGACUAUUUCUAUUGUGAAUAGCAAUUACAGCGUUAUUUGCACUCUGAAUUUGUGUCUUGUUCUGAUAAAACUGGGCAUAAUACAUGUGCGUAAAGUGUCGUCACAGAUUAGCCUGUGCAGUCCGCACAGGCUAAUCAGGGACGACACUUUCCGCCUAAACUUGAUUUUCGGUAAGGAGGGACUUCCUUGAAACUAAAAAUACCAUUAAAGCGAAAAGUGUCGUCCCUGAUUAGCCUGUGCGGACUGCACAGGCUAAUCUGGGACGACACUUUACGCACAUGAAUUAAGCCCAGUUUUCUCAGAAUUCAAGACCGUUCAGAGUGAUGGCAAUUCAAUUGAAAUUAAUUAUUAUGAACCGCUCUUGCUUGGGCCGUUUAUUUGUUUACAUUUCUCAAAAUCAUUAACUGACGAUGCUGUAUUUGAAUUUCGUAUUUGCAUACACAUGUAAACAAUAUUGUUUAAUACAUCGUAAGUGAUUUACAAUUUAAAGGGGCCUUUUCACAGAUUUUUGCAUGUAUUGAAGUUUGUCAUUAACUGCUUUAUAUUGAUAAAUGUAAACAUUGGAUCUAAAAAGCUCAAGUAAAAAUCAAGAAUAUAAUUAAAAAAGAAAAAAAAGGUUACCCUCAGUAGGGCUCGAACCACUGACCCCUGGAGUCCUGCAGUAAAAAGUCAACCACUUAGACCGCUCGGCCAUCCUUCCAGAUCCAAUGUCAGUAGUAUUUUAUACUUUAUAUAAGCAAUCCUCGUAGUUUCACAAAAUAUCACGACAACAACAGAACUCUCCAAAUUACUAAUUCGUUACGCGUUGCAACGCUUUAUAAUUUUCAGGUUUUAAAUCGUCAAAAGAUGAAUAAUGGCUAUUUUAGAGAAUGGUUUAUGUUCAGUAUUACUGUUUCCUCACAAAUAUCAUAACUAAAACGAUACUUUGCGAAUAUGAAACAACUUUUUUCAAUUUUGUCAAUUUACCCAAACGUGAAAAGGCCCCUUUAAACGAUCUACAACAUUUAUAAUAAUGCAAUUUAGUAUCGUAGAGGGGUCCUUGCAAAGAGACUUCAUGAGCUAGAUUGUUUUGUGAGCCCACGUUACACUACAAACUGUGUGGUUCACAUAUCAUUGGGAUCGAUUUGGUUAUUUACAGUGCAUCUUGUUACAAUUCUCUAAAUAUAGAAAGUCGCGAGAUCUUUUGAAUAUGAAUAACAUUAAGCGUGCGUCGACUUUUUCCAUUUUGCUUUUUGCCUUUAUUAACAAAAGGUUAUUGUAGCACCACACGCUGUUAUGAAUUACAUAUAUUUACCGCCUAUAUGUACGCGUGUAUCAAUAUUUAUUUAAGUGUUGUUUGUGUAAUUUAUUUUCAAUUUAAUAUUAAUAGCAUGUUCAUAAGAAAUAGAUUGUUCGAUUAUUAAAUUGUAGACCAUAAA